AUGGCGACAGCAUCCAGUUUAUUCUACGAUCUCAUCGAAGAUGUAACAAAUGCACCUUACCCAGUUCUGCCUAAUUCGCUACUGAAAUUAAAAAAUUAUUUAGAAAGCACUGAUGUUAGUGACAAGCAGGUUCUAUUAGAUGUCAAUCAAACCUACUUAGAAUACUUCAACACAGUCGUGGACUGCGUAAGCCAGCUGCUAACAAACUUUCAACAGCUUUCCAUCCCUACGCUAGAAUCAAUAUGGCUGUUGCAAAUGCUCAUGAUGGAGGACAAGACCACUGUAUUGAAAAUCAUGUCAAUCAUACAGAUGAUCAAUAAGACCAGACAGGGCGUCUUUGCCAGAGUAAGCAGUGACCAAUCAAAACAGAUAUUAGAUGAACUGAUGUACAAGAUCCUAGAUACCAGCGAACCUGAGAUUGCCAGUUCAUCAGCUCGAACGGUUCUAGAAAUAUGUAGAAACCACGCGCAGUCUGCUAAAAUCAUCUUCACCAGAUACAAAGGCUUGAGAGCAUUCACAGAAAGGUGGAUAAAAGAACCUUUCAUGAAAGAUUUUCAAAUACUAUUAGAUGCUGGCAGUGUAGAGCAAGCCAAAAUAAAAAAAUUGGAGUUAGACGUGAUAAAGAUACAGUCGUUUUGGCGUAGUUAUUCAACGAGAAAGAAAUUGAAACAGGCGAAUCAUGCUUUUACACAGUUUCACAUAUCUUACAGGAACAAAAAGUUAGAGGAGAAGACGAAAGCAGAAGAGCUGAAGAUGGAGAAUGAUUUGAAGUUCAUGCUACAAAUUCAAAGAAAGUACAACAUGAGAAGACUGCACAUGAAACAGUUGAUUGCUAUUCAAAUUCUGCCUGCAUCAAAGGUUGAGGAGUAUCUGAUAGAAGAGCAAAACAACGCGGCUACUAGAAUUCAAUCAACAUGGAAAAUGUAUAGAAUUAAGAAUAACUUAGGAGACAUCAGAAGAAAAAAAUUCCUAAACGAAAAAGCUUCUACUAUUCAAACAUUCAAACUACAUCAGUUCAGAAGGUACCAGAGGAGAAAAGAGCUGAAGACCUUAGGUGAGGAGAUUAGCAGUAGCAGUAGUAGCGGCAACAACGUGCCAGAUCUUCUAGCGUCCUUGAUCAUUAGUGAGGAGCGAAGGCAACAGCUCCAAGAUAUCAUUCAAGAAAGGCUGGAAAAUAGAAAACCGGCAGAAUUUGUAUCUCGUGAGCACAGUGAAGAACUACAUUCAAAAGUUCAGACACUGCUAGCCAACCACGUCCAACAUGAACUCCAGCCAGGUAUGAGGAAACAGAAAAUGAUGAUAACGACGAUGAGAAAGAAAAUUGAUGCUGACGUUGAAUUUUUAACUGCACAUUCAGCCAUUCUAUCAUAG